AUUUACCUAAUUACUGGAUUGUGUUAAGGUAAAUAUUUAAUAACCAUAGUACGUUAAACGGAAAGUCAUUGCACCAUGUUAUUGACAAUGUCAUGCGUCAUGAAUGUCAUUGUCAUUUGUCAUCUUGUUGUCACAUCAGUCAAAACUAAAAGUUGAAGCGCAUCAUUCGCCUGUUGUUGUUAGUUGUUACAGAUUUGCGCUGUAUUAUUAAUAAUAGACACCGGCUUGUAGAAGAUGUGCUGUCUCGAUGCCGAUGACUAGCAUUAACGUUGCGGAAUGGUCCGUGGAGCAGGUUGCGGACUGGCUGUCGGGGCUGGGCCCCACCGUGGCGCGCUACGUGCCGGCGCUGCGCGAGCGAGGCCUGGACGGGGCCAAGCUGCUCACUCUGCGCUGCGAUGACCUCGAGUACCUCGGGGUGCACGUCAUCGGACACCAGGAACUCUUACUCGAGGCGGUCGAGCAUCUCCGGAACUUUUGCGUGGCGCGGCUGGCGCUGCGCGUGUCGGUGCUGGCCACGGGGCUGGCGCGCAGUCUGGCCGCGCACUGCGACGCGCGCCUCGAGACACAGACGCUGGCCGACGUCGCCUCCACUGUACACGCUGUCAAGCCCCUCGUCUGCUGGCUCGACAGAUGGUCCCUGUGCGGCAGUGGCCUGUCGGAGCGCAAGGCGGCGCUGCUGAAGUUGUCGCUGGAGGCGGCCACGUGCGCCCAGCGCGACCGGUUCGCGGAGCAGCCCGCGCGGGCCGUCGCCGCCGCCGCCGCCGCCACCGCCGCCACCGCCGACUACAUCAUACAGGUAGUACACUACAUGCGACCGGUUCGCGGAGCAGCCCGCGCGGGCCGUCGCCGCCGCCGCCGCCGCCACCGCCGCCACCGCCGACUACAUCAUACAGGUAGUACACUACAUGCGACCGGUUCGCGGAGCAGCCCGCGCGGGCCGUCGCCGCCGCCGCCGCCGCCACCGCCGCCACCGCCGACUACAUCAUACAGGUAG